GGGUUGAAGCUGCCCCCCUUCUGCAUUGCAUUUGGGUUCCUUUCACGUACGUUUCAGGUUCUUCACCUAAGUUCAUAGGCAGGGCGCUGUCAGCUAUUGCUCUAAUAACAUGAUUGCAUCAGGUACAUAUUCCAAGUUGGAUCGAGUGUUGCAAAGUUUUGCGAGGAGACGCUGCAAUGCUUUGUGAAAACGGCGCUGCCCCACAUUGAUAACCGGAGUGGUGGUAGUACUACUCAGUGAUAUAUCGUUCGGCUCCCAUCCCUGUGCAAAGGGAUAGAUACAGCAUGUGACCACAUUCCCAUGGGCCUUCUUUCAUAGGUGAUCCAAUAUGGCGCAGAUUUUCAUAAAGGCGAGGGUAUCACUUGGCCGCCUGCCACGAAAGCCAGAGCUGCCUUCUGAGUUAGCCCAAACAUUCAGUGGUUGCGCAACAAGGACCCAUCAGAACCAUGGCCUGCCCCAGUGCCUACAAUCGUCAAAGUCCGUUGGAUCAAAAGCCAGAAUUUGUUCCCAGUCCGUCCACCUCUGGCGGACGCCUGCAACCGGCGAUGGGGGGAGUGUAAUAGAUUUGAACCAGUGCACAGCUUCGAUACUGGGUGACUGCCGAGACGAUGCAGAAUCACCACUAAAGAUGCGCCAUAGGAAGGACCUCAGUCGACGGGAUAGCCUGCCCGCUUUUCAGCCCGCUGACAGUCAUCUUCAAAGUCGCCGAUUGGGGAUCAGAUGCGCUGCCGCAAGCUCUGGAAAUCAGAAUCCUUCUUCUUCAGGCGCCUCACCCUCUGAUCCAGGCCUAGCUGGCAGGGCGAUCGUGGUGGUGACACUUGUCGCGUUCUCGUUGGUCUUGUGUAAUGCUGACAGGGCGAUAAUGUCGGUUGCAAUCCUGCCACUGGCAAAGAGCAGAGGCUGGGGCGAGUCGGUGGCUGGCAUCGUUCAGAGCAGCUUUCUGUGGGGCUACCUUUUCACACCUGUUCUGGGGGGGGCGCUAGCGGACAAACUUGGUGGACGGCAGGUCCUCGCCGCUGGCAUCCUCCUAUGGUCCGCCGCAACUCUGCUUACGCCCUGGGCCGCUAACCACUCCCUAACCGCCCUCCUAACCACCCGGGCAGUCAUGGGCUUUGGAGAGGGGGUCGCGCUUCCCUGUAUGAACAAUCUGAUGGCGCGUUGGGUAGGAAAAAGCGCACGCGCACGCGCAGUUGGGCUGUGCAUGGCCGGAUUCCACGUGGGGUCGAUGGCGGGACUGCUACUGGCACCCCCUCUGAUGGGCACUAGCAUGGGCGUUGGGGGUCCGUUUUACAUUUUUGGCGUUUUGGGUUUCGUGUGGUUAGCAGCCUGGUUAGCGUUCGUGCCAGAUAGAGCACCUUUAGUACCGACGAGCGGGGUUGCAGGGCAAGAGAAAGUAAGCGUAGGGAGUAGUAUCGACGCAAUAAGCGGUCGGAAAACAGAAGAUGCUAAGCAAAAGCCCUCUAGCAGACUACCACCUUUUGGGCUGUUGCUGUCAAAAGCGCCGACGUGGGCAAUCAUUGUUGCUAACUCAGUCAACAACUGGGGCUACUUCAUCCUGCUGUCCUGGAUGCCGCUUUACUUCAGCCAGGUGCUUAAGGCAGAUCUCCGACAAGCCGCGUCGUUUGCCGCGCUUCCGUGGGCCGUCAUGGCUGCAGCUGGCUACAUGGCAGCGGUCAUUGCGGAUUCUCUGGCGUCGAAGGGCUUUAGCGUCACGGCCAUCCGGAAAAUCAUGCAGAGCAUCGGAAACGUGGGGCCGGCGAUCGCUAUAUUUGUGAUGCUGUCGGCGCGAACCCCGACGGCCGCAUCGCUGUGGUUAACGACGGCGCUCGGCUUGUCUGCCUUCACUCAGGCUGGCUUCCUUGUUAACUACCAGGACAUCGGCCCCCGGUAUGCAGGCGUGCUUCACGGCCUUUCCAAUACUGGAGGAACCUUAGCGGGUAUUGCGGGAACGGCUUCUACCGGGUAUCUUGUCGAGAGGACUGGGUCGUGGCGACUGCCCCUACUUUUGACGUGUGCUUUGUAUCUGGUCAGCACCGUCAUCUGGAACGUUUUUGCAACUGGAGAGAGAGUCUUUGACUGAGGGCAGGGACGUAAACCAACGGCUGACGUUAUAGGUUCGGAGCUAGGGAGCUCGACUCGGACUGUCAAAGCGGACACACGGUUGUCCAAGCAUAGACGGUGGAUACAAAUAGAUUGGCUGCUCCGUCUGGUUCAUGAAGGAAUUUCGUUCAUUGUCACCCGCGGCCUUGCCAAAUAUAUUAUUUUCCAGAAGACCAUGUUCCAAUCCGACUCAAAAAACCGCAGCUGGAGCUAGCGCUGGCGGGUG